AUGCCUGCGCCCACAAAUACCCUUCUGAUCGAAGGGACCUUCACCGAACUCGCAGAAGAACUCGCCCAGUACAUUGAUACACUCGCCAAAUCGGAAGAGGGCACCGGCGUCCAAGCAGAGAUUGGACAACUUAUCAGCACUAUCAGAGAGUCCGAGCAGUCACAAGAGGCCGUCGACGAGCCCGCAAUCCAAAAUCAGAAAAAUGAAGUAUUGAAAAAGAUUGUGACCAAGGCUUCAGUCCUCAACAGCGGCCCCGAGAGAGAAUUCUCCGCAGCGUACAACCUCCUAAUCAGCCUUUCUUCUCAAUCCUCCAUCGCAGACGGACUGUUUUCUAGAAUAUGCACGUAUUUGUCUGAGCAACCCGUCACCUCCUCCCCCACCUACGGCACCAGCCUCGCCCUGCAAACCCUCACUACGAUCUUUAACGUCUUGCCUCCCACGAGUGAAUCUCGCUACCAUGUCUUCCUUGCCAUCCUCAAAGUCAUGCGCCGGAUGUCCUCGGCUCAGGCUUUCGAGGCGCUCAUCCCUCAACUCGAGACAAACAUCCCUAACUGGCUGUCCGAAUGGGAACUCGACGACGAAGACGCCCGCAAUUUAUACGUCAUGGUCGCCGAUGUGGCUUCCGCAACGGGAAAUGAAGAUCUCCAUUACACAUACCUCCUGUCUGCCCUGCAAACAAUCCCUCCCGAAUCGGCCUCUGAGCCAGAGAGCGCUGAGCUCGCACGACGCGCGCUAAGGGUGGCAUUGACUAACCCCACAAUCACUGACUUUACGCCCUUGACCACAAACGACGCCGUUGUCGCUUUGCGCCGCACAGACGGCAACCUCUUCGACCUCCUGGAGGUCUUCUCCUCGGACGAUUAUUCCUCAUACACCGACUUCCUAGAAACGAACAACCUAUCAGACCUAGGCAUCCCCGAUUCUGCAGCUGAGACGCUGAGCCACAAGAUCCGCCUACUGACGUUGGCUACCAUUGCCGCAUCCUCAACGACCCGCUCCGUCCCUUACAGCACAAUCGCAUCCGCGCUACAGAUCCCCUCCGAGGACGUCGAGAUGUGGGUCAUCGACACUAUCCGGGCCGGUCUUGUCGAGGGCAAACUCUCUCAACUGAAACAGGAGUUCUUGGUCCAGCGAGCCACCUACCGCGUGUUCGGGGAGAAGCAAUGGGCCGAAAUCCAAGGGCGCUUGAUGGUCUGGCGACGAAGUCUGGAGAGCGUCUUGAACGUUGUCCGUGGCGAGAGGGAGAAGUUUUUGAGGGAGGGACCAACGGCCAAUGGAGACGCGGGUGUCAAUGGAUAUGGAGGUGACGGAGAGGGUCAGAGGGCUGGAGGAGAGCGCCAGCAGCAGAGAAGGCAAGGUGGUGGUGGCGGUGGGCGAGGACAGCGUCGUGAUAGGGGAGAUCAGCAGCAGCAAGGACCUCGAGAGAUUGAAGUUGGUGGUGGAGAUUAG